CGCGCACUUAAGGCGCUGCCGGUGGCCAAGGGGCGCUGCGGGGCGGCGUGCGGGAGCGCCGGUCCCCCGGUGCGCUACAGCCGGUGCGCUCACACCGGUGCGCCUCUCCCCACCGGUGCGCCUCUCCCCCCGAUGCCUUUUGAUUGCAAGACUGCUGAAAUGUUUUGAGGGCUGCUUCUCCUUUCCUAACCAUGAACGGUUCAAAAUCACCAGGGCUGGCUGGAUUUGGAAUCUUAAAAAACACGACCUGCCACACAGAGAAGAAGAUCUCGGUUUUCUUUUCAAUAAUCUUCAUGACGGUGGGAAUCUUGUCCAACAGUCUUGCAAUUGCAAUUCUCAUGAAGGCGUAUCAGAGAUUCAGACAGAAAUCGAAAGCCUCCUUUUUGCUUCUUGCUAGUGGUUUGGUCAUCACAGAUCUCUUUGGCCACCUCAUCAACGGAGCCAUUGCAGUGUUUGUGUAUGCAUCAGAUAAAGACUGGAUUCGAUUUAACCAGUCCAACAUUCUUUGCAGUGUUUUUGGCAUCUGCAUGGUUUUCUUUGGUUUGUGCCCGCUCUUCCUGGGCAGCGUGAUGGCCGUUGAACGGUGCAUUGGAGUCACUAAGCCAAUAUUUCACUCUACAAAAAUGACUUCUAAACAUGUGAAAAUGAUGUUGACUAUGGUAUGUCUGUUUGCUGUUCUUAUAGCUUUGCUGCCUAUUCUUAGGUUUAGAGCCUAUCAAAUUCAAGCAUCGAGGACCUGGUGCUUCUAUAAAACAGAACAUGUUGAGGACUGGGAAGACAGAUUUUAUCUCUUACUUUUUUCUUGCCUUGGGUUACUGGCCCUUGCUAUUUCAUUCUUGUGCAAUGCUGUCACAGGAAUUACCCUCUUAAGAGUCAAAUUUAAAAGUCAACAAAGACAAGGCAGAUCUCAUCAUUUUGAAAUGAUCAUUCAGCUCUUGGCUAUAAUGUGUGUUUCUUGCAUUUGCUGGAGUCCAUUCCUGGUGACAAUGGCCAGAAUUGGAAUAAAUGAGAGUCGUUUGAAGGAGACCUGUGAAACAAUACUUUUCGCUCUCCGAAUGGCAACGUGGAAUCAGAUUUUAGAUCCUUGGGUGUACAUUCUUCUCCGGAAAGCUGUACUUAAAAAUCUGUACAAGAUCACGAGGGGAUGUUGUGGUGUGCACGUUAUAAACUUACACAUGUGGGAACUCAGCUCCAUCAAGAAUUCUUUGAAGGUUGCAGCAAUAUCUGAGUCACCAGUAAGUUCUAAACAAAUAAACCUACAUCCACUCAGCUCUAUGGGGCAAUAGAGUUAAACACGGUGUAUGAAGAGACGAUGGAGACAACGCUCAUACAUGGGCAAUACCUUAAAAUGAACUCCAAGGCUCAGUGGUUUGGCGUUUGUUUUAAAUUGUGAGUGGUUUGCUCUUGUUGCUUACCAGUUUGAUAUUGCUACUCCAAAAGAUGCACUUGAAUGUUUUAAUUCGCUUUAGAAUAUAUCCCUUCCAAAGCUGGUAGUAGAAUGAUAAAUCAUCCUAUCUUUCUCCCUUCCAGCUACCAAAGUGAACAGGAUUCCUUAUAAUACUCCCCACCAAAUUCUUUGCCAUUGCAGGCUUCUUAAGAUCACGUGCAAGUGCAAAACUGAUCAUCGAAGUGAUAUUUAAUAGGGGUAGAUUUUAUCUACCAGUGAUACCCCCAAAUCCUUUGCAGAGCCACUACUUUUCAGUAUGAAGUCCAUCAUCCUUUCCAUAAGGGCAUUCUUUGCUUCUAGUGGUUGAAUUUUCCAACUGGAUAUAUAAAAGACAUUUUGCUUGUGCCCAGCUUAUUAAAUGAUCCAGUUUGCUUGGUUCAUUGACUUGACCUCUUAAUUAUUUACUGUUCCGUGAAUUUUUGGGAGAGCUGCAAACUUCAUCAGUGUAAGCAUUCCUUUCAAAUCACUGGCAAAACAUGAGGUUCUCUGUGGAAACACAGAAACAGAUCAGUUCAGCUUGCUUAGUCACAUUUUCAAAUCUAUUGGUGAGUUUUUAGUCCUUUCAACAAAUUUUGUUUAAGCUAGCAGGCAUAAAGCUGUGGUUAGUCUGUAAAAAGUAGGAUUUUUUUCCCCCCAAACUGAAGGAACUUUCUUUAAGCGUUCCUCUAAUGCAUAUACUGAAAUGCUCAUAAGGUACAUCCGCUUCAUUUGGAAAAGGUCAUACUAGAACGCAAUUGGACGCAUUUGGAAAAGUGUCCCAUGAAAAAUGUGUGUGACCAAGUGGAGGGAACUGCACUGGGAGCAUGGUUGUGUUUUUGAAAGCAAACUUCAUGCUCGGUUUUUGCACGGUCUGUGUCUGAAAAGCUGAGGGCAUUCAGUAUAUUUGAAGGUACCAGAAACUUUCCAGAACUUUACACAGGAGGCCCUUUACCUUUAAUGCUGCUAAAAGAAGCUUUGUUUUUUGUGACUGUACUUGAUUCAGAAGCAAAAAUGAGAGUAUCGGAGACUUGGUAGCAGAGGGAUUUUUUUACGAUAGAAAUGUCUAAUGUUGUUUUUACCUACUUCAAGUAACUGCAUUAGUGAAUCAUUGGUGUAUUUGGACAAAAAGUAGUUAAAACCUGAUUCACCAAGAAGACAGUCUGAGGGACCAUAACUAUUCACAAACUACAAAUUCAUGUUGUAUGUGAGAAUAGUUUAAGUCAUAACAUAAAAAACCAAAAGAUUUAAAUAUUUCAUUUUUUUAUUUUAAAAGCUAUUUCCUUUUUGUUUUAAAAAGGUUGAAAAAUAAAUGGGUUAAAUAACCCUAUAAUGAAAUGAAAUGGCUUUGUUUAUCCUGAAUAAUAUCUGUGUGUGAUUUAUUUCCUCAGUCACAGAGCUGAUAAACCAUGGACAGAUUUGAUGCUGGUAUAAGCUCUGCACUGUUGCUUUUGUGUGGGUUCUGCUGAAAUCUGGAAAUUUUCAGUCUGCUCAGUUUGGCUUUUUCAUUUCAUAGAAUGUGGUGCCAGUGUAUCUGUUGAUAUAAAUUAUUUGCUCUUUAUGGAAGAUAGUUGUUUUAGCAGCUGCAAAAAAAUGUUGGUCCGUAAAUUGUUGAGAUAUUUGAUCGGUGAAUGAAGCUCAUCAAUGUUCCAUUUUGUUAUGUGAAUAAAUGUGGUUUGUGUAGUUUAUACUGGUUGACUUGUAAAACAAACAAAAGUUUAUAUGUAUAUGUGAUUUCUUAUAUUUUGUGUACUAAUGCAUCUUGAAUGUAAAUUGCAAAGCCUCAUUAAA